UGAUUGAGAACUAGCAUCUCCUAACAGGAUUUAAUCUACAGCCAACUCCACACUCUCUCCACACAGCUUCUCAUAACGUAACUGCCCAUUCUCGAUAUAGCAGCAAUUCUACCAAGCUGAGAAACCACAGAAAUAGAGGCAAAGGGACUGCAGAGAGAGAGAGAGAGAGAGAGAGAGAGAGAUAGAGAGAGAGAUAGAGAGAGAGAGACAGAGAGACAGAGACAGGUGCUGCAGGAGGGGAGAGCAGGAAGGAGGAGGAGGAGAUUUCUCCUCGAGCAGAACGCAGAAGAGAGAAGCCGCAGUUACAGUUACACAGAGGAAUUCCUAAACAGCUGUCCGGCAGACCUCCUGCCUGUGAGGAACGGACACCCAGGGCUAAGAGACGGAAAGACAGGGAGAGUGAGAGACAGAGAGGAAGAGAGGAAGAGAAAACCACUGUAGACUACACUACACAGAAGUCAUUUGGGACAGUAACAUUUCAAAGACAAGCCAUUACUUCUGCAGAAAGAACUGAGAGGUUCAUCGUAAGAAGAUAAAUACACAGGUAAAAGACAUCCCAUCUGGCUUAUUUGGACCAAAUCAGCCCAACAUUGAGGUCUGAGGACACUGUCACUGUAUAUCUACAAUCAUCAAGUGCCUGAGAAUGUAACUCCACUCAUUUUCUUCGGAGAACUCGGAUCAGCAUCAGUUCUGCAUCAUAGGAUCAUAGGGUUCAAAGACAUCUUCCUUUCUUCUUUCUCUUCUCUCACGGAUUUUACUGUUCUGAGAUGCCGGCCAAAACUCCCAUCUACCUAAAAUCCAACUACAGCAAGAAAGGGAAGAAGUGUCGCCUAAGAGACAUUCUAUCCCCAGACAUGAUCAGUCCUCCACUAGGAGACUUCCGCCAUACUGUCCACAUUGGGAAAGGGGGUUUGUGUGACACCUUUGGUGACAUGACCUUCCUUCAGGGCAAGUUUGAGCUGCUUCCUGGUAAGAGUGGCCUCGUUCGACCACAAUAUGGUGCCCACGGCGAGUUCAUGCGAGCUAACAGUGCAUCUGACGCCUCCUACAUUGAAACUCCAUCACCAAUACUGAAGAAUGCUAUUUCCCUCCCUACCAUUGGGGGGAGUCAAGCACUGACCCUGCCUCAUAUCACUACUACUAUGUUACCCACGACCCGGGAUCCACUGGACGACCUGGGUGGGCCACCCACUCCACCUGUUAACUCAGAUGGAACAGAUGAUCUGGAGAUCCUUCAAAUGGAGAACCUUCUUCAGUCCAUAACUAUCUUCAGACGUGAUCCCAGUCCUGUUCUAGAGGAGCUUAGUGAGAAAUCCUUAUUACCUAUCAAUUUUGUGGAGAAAUCACUGGAAAAGAAUACCUCCAAGUACACCCCUGAGAAUGAGGUUGCUAAGAAGCCAGUAAUGUCUAUCUUCAUCAAUGGCAAUCACAAUGAAAAUGGCAACAGCAAUAGGAGUACCAAAUGGAAAGACAACAGCAUCAGCAAUAAUGGCUAUCAUGACAUGAGCAGUGACAUCUUUCAGUACGAAAAAGAGCUGGCCAGCAUGAAUGGAGAUUGGGAAAAUAGAGAUAGUGGUGUAGAGGAAGGGCGCAUUUCUGACUUUGACUUUGAGCUCACUCAAAGCAAGAAUCUCUCUCAGGAGUCUGUGAACCACAACACUGGGUCAUUGCUGUCUCUCGAACUGGACUUGGGCCCUUCUAUUUUGGAUGACAUACUCAAUAUCAUGGGUAAGCCUGAGUCUUGAACUGUGCCUCUGGCAGAAGCAGGAAGAGAACAGAAAGACUUGCCAGUCAAAUCAAACACAUAAGGUUUAUGGGUAUUCUACAUUGGAAAUUAACUAAAAAGCCAGAACUGCUCCAGUGAUAUUUCUCUCAGUAUAUUUCUAUCCUCAACAUCAACUUUCUGUGCUUAACCAGUGUUGUUUCUCUUGUAGGUCAUAAGAGAUGCAUGCUUUAUCAAAUUUAGAGAAGCUACACAGAUAUAGCGUGCCUUUUGAUGUCACCAUUAGGUUAAAUCAAGAACUAAAACUGUUUGGUGUGCUCAUCAGUUCCAUCACAGGUGUAAAUAAAAGCAGUAAAUUUUACUGUAUUCUGUUGAUCACUAAUGCACAAUGUUACAUGCUACAGUAUGUAAUGAUGUAAUGAUAUUGCUCUAAGCAAUGUACAGCUGUGUGAAUUAUCUCCAAACUUUGUCACAACCCUACCCCCACUCCCAUCCUGUACAGAUAUUAUAUUUAUACUGACUCUCUCAUUAACUGUGCUAAAAAAGCAUCAAUGCAUAUAGCUAUGUUUUUACUGUGUGGAGAUAUAAAAUAAAAUAAAUAAGUAAAUAAGUAA